AUCAAGAUGUCCAAACUCCUCACCCUCACCGCAUUCGUGGCCUCCGCCCUUGCCCACGGCACUGUCUCCGGGAUCGUCGCCGACGGCACCUACUACAACGGCUGGCACCUCGAGUACUACUACGCGAUCCAAAACGGCCAGUCCUACCCCACCGAGUACGGCUGGUACGCCGAGGACCUCGACAACGGCUUCGUCUCCCCCGACGCGUACACCACCGCCGACAUCAUCUGCCACAAGAACGCGAAGCCGACCAACAACACGGCGACGGUGGCCGCUGGUGGGAGCGUCGACUUCCAAUGGACGACGUGGCCGGACUCGCAUAUCGGCCCUGUUAUCACGUACGCCGCGAACUGCGGCGGCGACUGCGGCGACGUCGAUAAGUCGACGCUCAAGUUCGUUAAGAUUGAUGCUGGCGGGUACGAGGACGGAGAGUGGGCGGCGACCAAGAUGAUUGCGAAUAACAACACCUGGACGACGACAGUGCCGUCGACGCUUGCCGCUGGCAACUACGUCUUCCGCCACGAAAUCAUCGCCCUCCAUGGCGCCGGCUCCGAGAACGGCGCGCAGAACUACCCGCAGUGCUUGAACAUUGAGAUCACGGGUAGCGGGACGGAUAACCCGGAGGGCACGCUGGGUACGGAGCUGUACACGCCCGAUGAGGCGGGUAUUCUGUUCAAUCCGUAUGUGAGCGACAUCCAGUACACCAUCCCUGGACCUGAGCUUUACGGCUCUGGUUCUGGCAGCGGCAGCGGCUCCGGCUCAACUCCUGCUACUUCGGCGGCUGCUUCAUCUAUUCCUGUUGCUUCGUCCGCUGCCGCAUCUUCGGUCGUUGCGUCCGCCACUCCGACUGCUACUGCCGUCCAGGACGUGUCGACUCCCUCCGGUACUGCUGUUGCUUCUGCGGCC